UGGCAUCUCUCGUCUCCCUCGUCAAGCGCAUAUACCUUGUGUACAGCCCUCCCAUUUCUAUCAAAGCCACCACGCCGGCGAAACCUCUGAAGUUUGGCAUUCUCGGUGCAGCCGCCAUCGCCCCCAGCGCUCUUAUCACGCCCGCAAAGUCGCACCCAGAGGUCCUAAUAUAUGCCGUUGCUGCUCGCAGCCUUGAGUGCAGGAUUUUGCAAAGAAAUAUGGGAUUGAGAAGGCGUACGGCGGAUAUCAAGGUCUACUGGACGAUCCUGAAGUUGAUGUUGUGUACAAUCCAGUGCCAAAUGCCUUGCAUUACGAGUGGACAAUGAA